ACGAAGUGCGCUCGUUUCUCGUUUUAUUUCUUUAAUGAAUGUUGCUUUUUUUUAUUUGUUCAUUCAAUAUCGAUGUUCGUCGCGUAUAACGCGGAAUGAUAGCACGAGCACGGCGAAUAUGUUUAUUUACGUUCGGUCAGUUCGUCGCAGAAUCGCCAGUACAAGGUAAAUAACAAGCAGGUGCGAUUUAUCGGCGUAAAAUGAACGAUGGCAGUGCUGGUUUCCAAUAUAAGCGGACAUAUUCAAAACCAGUUGACCAGAUCUUUGGAACGGAUACUGGAAGAGGCGAACCAAAGCGGCGAGUUGAAGUUGAGCAACAGAAAAUUGAAGGAUUUCCCCAAAACCAACGAGAAGUAUAAUUUGAGUGAUACAGUAAUUGCAGAUCUGUCGAAAAAUCGAUUCGGCGAGUUGCCGGACGAGGUGUUGGGAUUCCAUUUUUUAGAAAAACUCCACUGUUACCACAACUCCAUCCGCUUCAUACCGGAAACCGUGAGCAGCCUUCAAUGCUUGAAUUUCAUAGAUCUCAGCAGGAACCAACUGACCUGUCUUCCGAGGGAAUUAUGCCAGUUGCCCAUCCAGGAUGAUGUCAUUUCCCUCUGGUGUUUAUCGAAUUGGAUGUUGGUUCUAUAAAUAUUACAAGUUCCCAGCCAAAUGGCGCCAAAAUGCUUAUUAUGCCUGCGACUUUGCUUGAAUACUAAGAAAUGUGAUGAUCAAUUGUGGGAAUAAAAUUUAUUAUAAGCAAACGAGGCGAUUUAUCAUCUUUAUCAGUACCAUUACAGCGUUCUAUAAUACCUGUUUCGUUUAAAAAAAAACUCUUUACGGAUGAUAUAGCAUGUUUAAAAAGUCCUCGACGUUCGCUCCUGCUUCUUGGAAUAUCCUAACAACCCGUUCGGGUAGUGCUCCUUUGAUUUUCCAAACUUUAAAAAUAAACAUUGCACAUGCUAUAUUUAGUUUUCGGCUUGUCGGUUCUUCGUUAAUCGUUAAAAUAAUAUAAACACCGCGUCGCACCGUGCAUGAUAAACGCAUAGGAAAAUAUACAAUGUCUGCACGAAAGACACUCCACUCUUAAUAUCCCAGAAUAAGCAACUGUUUGUGGAUAAAAAGAUUCAAUCGAUUAAAGUAUGAGUAACAGAGUAAAGUACUCAAGGAACAUGUAGCAUUCAAAACACACUUCUCAAAAUAGUAGAGCAGAUAGUAAGUUGCUAUCUAGCAUUAUCUAUAUAGCUUCUAGCUCCAAAAUGUAGACACAACAAGGGAUUUGGAUUGUCUAAAGUUCACACCUCUAGCACAUUAGCAACCUCUAGUGGAAACAAUAAACUUACAAUAGCAGGAUCCUACAGAAGAUCCUAUGAUCUAGGUGGUUAGGGGGGUGAAAUGAAUACCUAUUUCGCCAAAUUCUGAUAGAAUCUCGUUGGGAAUUUAAAGAUUUUGCUCGUAUCGAACAACUCCCUGUCGUCGCUACCGGACGAGCUGUGCCGCAUGUCCCAAUUGACCGAGCUGGACGCGUCCUGCAACCAGCUGACCCACCUGCCGCCGCGGCUGGGCGACCUGCGGUCGCUGCAAUCGUUGGUGCUGCGCAACAACCUCCUGCUGGCCGUUCCCGUCGAGCUGACCGGCCUGAAGCUGGCGAGGCUCGACCUCCGGGCCAACCGGAUCGGCGGCCUUCCCGUCGAGAUGAGGAACAUGCAGACGUUGAUCGAGCUGUCGGUGGAGGAUAACCCGUUGACCAGUCCGCCGGCUAGCUUGUGCAAACGGGGCAGGGUGCAUAUAUUCAAAUAUCUGGAGAUGGAGGCGUUGAAGUUCGAUAGGAAGAGCGAUCCGGGCGGCGGGACUUUGAGUAGAAGAUCGAGGCGGAGCGGUGCUGGUUCAUCGCCCGGUCCUCUGCAUCUCACCGAUAGACUGAAGCACAAAAGACAGAACGUCGAUAGCGGUUACAGUACGAGCAGCGACGGUUACGAGAAACGGUGGAGCCAAGAAAUAACCAUUCGGACGGUCGAUCAAAAUGGCACCCAAUCGACUUUGUCGACGCCGUCGACGUUGUCGCCGGCGCUCGAGAAUAACAACGAUGAAGAAGUGGCGAGAAGCAACGAUUUCGAUAAAUCGGACGGCUCUAGAUCCAGGGAAUUCGUAAACGUACGUCUUAGUCCGUGCCCUGACUCGUUUGCGCAAAGUAACGGAUCAGACGACAAAAAACCUUUGCACCAAAUUCAGACCUACAGGGAGUACAAAGAGGCCCUCAAGCAACAAAGGGCGCAAGACGUGCCUUCGAUAUACCGGACGAAAGACGACCAGAGCUACAAAACCGAGCCGAACACCCCCACGCACCAGGCCACCCCCCAGCAGACGCUCUCCACGUCCCGCUCGGAUCCCACGCCGUUGAACUCGGCCUUCGGCAGCCCGAAGACGAUCUUCGACGAUACCAGCCCCGGCAGGAAGCCCGUGCAGAAGGUGCCGCCGUCUCGGACGUACUCGCCCAGUCACGCGAACGGCGGCAGCGCUAGAAUGACGAAUUACGUGAAGCCUAAAUCGCCUACGAAAGGUGCCGGGGACAUCAUGUCCCACGACAACGUGCCUAAUAUCAAAUCUGUGAUGACCAACGGGAAGUCGACGAGCCCCAGGCUGGGGUCGUGCAAUUCGACGCCCAGGAGUCCCAAGAUGACGAAGAACAUCACUUGGGACAAGGACGCCCUUAAUGAUAAGAUGACGUUUACCAUGCGAAGGGAAAUCGAUAAGGCUAAAGAGGAAACGGAUUUGAUCAACCAGUUGAGAAACAUUAUCGAGUCGAGAUUGAAGAUGGUACUACCGGAAGAUCUAGCGCCAGCUUUAACGGACGGAGUAGUUUUGUGCCAUCUAGCUAAUUACAUUAAACCCCGAUCGGUGUCCAGUAUACACGUACCAUCGCCUGCUGUUCCCAAACUGACGAUGGCGCGGUGCAGAAGAAACGUGGACAAUUUCAUAGAAGCCUGCCGGAAAAUCGGCGUCGACGAGGAACACCUCUGCAGUAGCCUAGACGUGUCGGAGGCCUUGUACGGAAGGGGUUUGCCGCGACUCCUCGAUACCGUGGAGCGUUUGUGUCGCUUCGGACCGGACAGUCGGAGGCCAGUUGCGGCGAGGCCGGCCCUGCAAGACACCACAGUCUCACUACUGUUGCUCGCCCUGUUCUUCGGCACGCUGGCGAUGCUGAUCGCCUUUCCGCCGCCCAAAUAAUUCCUGCUAAACGGGAGGAUGCGAGAAGAGUGUUUUAUUUAUUUUGUUCGAUUGGAGAGCCGAGAAACGGGCGUUGAUUUAUUUAUUUCGAGAGUAUUUUAGUUUGAUUUUUUUCGGUGUAGAAAUGGUUUAAUUUUGAAAACGUGGCAACUUGAGGUUCCUUGCAUAGACUUGAAACAAUCAAAUACAUUCCAAACGCGUCCAUUUUAUUUAAACGAGCUAGCAAAACUGGAUAAAAAGUAUUAGAGUAGAGCUGCUAUUAAGUGCGAUUAAAUCGUUAGUAUUUGAGCCAAAGUGUGAUAAGAUAACGUGUUAUCCAGUUUUAUUAGCAUGUGGGAAACCAAUCCAUAGAAUUACUGCGAAACAAAAUGUGAUUUUAUUAUUAGUGCCUCUAAUUUUAGAUUGUGACAUUGCAUUGGUUGGAGGAGUUUAUUUGGAAAGCUAGAUUUAGCUAGAGCUAGGGAUUGAAAUGAUCAGGGUGCUUACAAACGUUCGUAAUUGGUGCUAAAAAUUUACCGCAGUUGUUUGUUUUUUUGUACUCUACGAUAAAUUAGUUAACUGAAUGUUAUAUUUUUGAUAAACGUUAGUUAACCGAUGAUUAUGAAGUAGUUAGCUUUAUAAUAUGCCAAUGCAGUGAUUGAAAUUGAAGCUUACUUAUUAGUAUUAUAUUUAAUGAAUUUAUCUACCUACAUAUUGUACUUAUUUUACUGCUGUAAAUAUCGAUUCAUUGUUUGUUUUUUUAAUGGAAGAGAUCGAGUUUAUUAUUUGUGUAAUUUAAUUAGGUUUUUCGUAAAUUGGUAGCUUUCCUCUUUCACGAAGAUUAUUGAAUUAUUUCGUGUUAUUUAUUGUUUUCUACUUUCUCUCUACUAUGACAAUCUAGUCAAUAGAAUUCCAGUAUUAAUAAAAUCAAAGACUGUUUUUCCUUUCGAAAUACUUUAUGUACAGACAAACGUAUUUUCUCUCUGAUGAUUCCUGUAUGAAUUUUAUAUCUAUAAUUAAUUAGUAGCUGUGAUACGAGAAGAGUACUUAAUAAGUUUUUGUUUUUGGAAUAACAACGUGGAAUUUUAAAAAGUGCCACCGCUACUACCUAACACUUAUAAAAUAAGGGCUAAAUGGUUAAUUUUUAAAGAGUUUAUUUUAUUUUUUACGAGUUUCGGUUUUAGCUUAAAAUGUAGUAUUUAUUAGCUUAUGAAUAAAUCAGCAAGGUAAACACGAUCGUUUUAUUCUUUGCUACAGAAAAAAAAACUGUAUAUUAUCUAAUUGUGUUUUCGGUUUUCUGUUCCAGAAUCUUUUAUGCUGCGCUGCGGACGUACUAGAAGGUAAAGGCUUGGUGCAAGUCGCUGUGACCGUGACGGAAUUACUGCGAUUUCAAUUAUCGAAAUCACCGUUGCAUUCGACUACAAUGUCUACCGUCGUUUGAGACUUUGGCUUAUCAAUUUAUCGCGGCAUUUCAGUUUUAGCGCGAGAAACUUUAAGCACAAUAGUACGCACUGAAUGUCGGUAGUACUGAAGUAAGCAAAUACUUUGAUUAUAAUCACGAUCGUAUAUUUCUAAGGUCUGGAAACAUAGGUCGAAGAUACCCGUUAUUUGAAGAUAAAACAGGGAAAAGAAACGAAAAAUGCAAAAUCAUAGGCUAUUUCCAGACCUUCGGUAUCUUCGGUUUGUCCUUACCCUUAGAAAUAUAGGGUCGUGAUUAGGAUAGAAUUUUUUUAAAAGAAUUUAAUUACAAAGGAGACGGAAACGUGACUAGAAAAUAUUUGCUUAUAUUCGAUUUUAAAUUUCUACUAUCAGGAUUUAUUCAACAUUCCGUAAUUGCUCUCUACUACUAGAAGUUUUUUUCCCCGAUUCCCGGUUGUUAGGAAUAUUCCUAUUGGUGCUGAAAUAUUCUACAUGCGUUAAUGCCUGUAUUUUUUGAGAAAAAAAUCGAUUUGCACUACACAGUGAUAGUAGAAUUUUGUUAAAACAGGGAGAUUUAACCGAUUUUUGUGUGAUUCUUAAUGUAAGAUAUAUUCGAAUAUUUAGUAGUUUUUUUAUUUAUUUCGAUUUAUACUUUUUUUUAAACAACUUGAACAAAUGUUAGGUUUUGUAUUUAGUUAAUAAUUUUUAAACUGACAUUCGAUGGUUUUAAGAAAUAUUCGACGAUACUGUUCAAUCAAAAAACAAUUUCCAGAUGAAGCUCAAUGUAACAAUUCGUAUAUUCGAGUCUCAAUUUUCGUUUUUCGAUUACUUAAAUUAUUUUUAAUUGUUAGAAACGUGUAUUAAGUUGACACAAAGGCAAAUCAACCAAUCCCUAUUGAAUGCUAUACAAUGAAAUUUACAUAUUUAACGAUCUAUUUUAUUAUAUUUUUUUGCCUUUGCUCAAAAUCCCCGAUAAGUGUCAUAAUUCUAAUGUGGUGUAUCAAAGACUAAAAUUUUAAGUUAUACAUAUCCUAGUGCCAAAGAGUUUUUCUAUAAUUUUUAAUCGACACAUUACGUAUUCUAAAUGGUAUGGAACGUUUUAAGUACCGAUUGAUUGGUUUUUAAAAAAUUAGCGGCCACUUUUCGAAAGACUGGUACUUAAAAUAGAUAGACUAAUGUCGAUUUACUCGAUUACUGUUUUUUUAACGUAUUUUGUGUGAUCGAAUAUAAUCGUGUUCUUGUGAUAAGUAUAUAUUUAUACGAGGUGUAACAAUAAAAUAAAUUGUAAAUUGUUAUAUCCUGUGAAGCAUCAUUAUUGAUACGAACCACAUAGUUAUGAGCUAUUAUCAAUAAUUAUCUAGUCAGUUAAUAAACUACUUAUUCAAAAUAUUUGUGUUUUUUUAAACAACCAAAAACUACUUAUAGUACUUUAUAUUUAAGAGUUAAGUAAUCACAAUUAUAGACCCUUUUAGAGGCGAAAGAAAAGAUUUAGGAUUUCGAAAGUACUCUCCAAUACUUUCAUUUUAGCCUCAUCUUCCGUCUUCCCCAUAGCAACUUGUGAAAAAGGUACAUCACAAUUAAUCGAUAGAAGCAUAAAUACCGGAUCAUCUUGUAACUUGAUGAAUUCGAACCUCAGAUCUAAUUUCUCCAGAAUUCUACUCAAUGC